AUGGCAGGAGACACAGAGUACUACAAGCAGGCGGUGGAGGAGUACGCGGCGCUCAAGCAGGACACGGACCCGGAGGAGUGGGACAGGCGGAUCGCGCAGACGGGCUGCUACGUCGAGAAUAUGGCGCUGCAGCUGUGCCACGCGGAGACCGGGGACUGGCGGGCGUGCGCGGCGGACAUGGCGCGGUUCAAGGCGUGCUGGGCGGCGCAGGGCAACCGCGAGCGCGUGCGCACGGUGGACCGGUGA